ACUGUCACACUUGAAUUUCCUGUCCCUAUUAGUUGCGGAACAAAUCGUUGACAAUGUAUCGAUCGGCAGCAAAGCGGUUAUUACCGGCGUUAUACCGCCGUCACCAUGACGCAAUAUCACAUAUUCGAAGCCUACCAGCAAAUCGAUUUAUGACGUCAGCUUCCACGGGAAACAUCCCUGAUCAGAAUACUAACCCUAUGCCGCCUAGGUUUAAUCCGGCUGACUCUACCGCAUCGUCAUCAUCUUAUAAGGAAGAAGAAGAAAGGACACGUCAUCAUCAGGAUACUGAUGAGAAAUCUAGGCGGCCUAAAGCGCAUUAUAAGGACGAAGAGGCGCGUGUACUCAGUGCCUCUCUCCUUCACGUGAUUCGGCUAGGAUGGACUGAAACGGCAAUGAUUGCAGGUGCAAGGGAUGUCGGGGUGUCGCCUUCCAUUAUUGGAUCAUUUCCUCGGAAAGAAGCUGCUCUAGUGGAGUAUUUUAUGGAUGACUGUCUGGAAAGACUCAUCGAUAUCAUUGAAUCAAAGGAAGAUCUGAAAAACUUGAUACCCAGCGAGCGGGUAGCAAAGCUUGUCAGAAUCCGCUUGGAAAUGCAGAUCCCUUACAUAUCAAAAUGGGCCCAAGCUCUCAGUAUACAGGCUCAACCCUUGAAUGUUCCGACAAGCUUCAAGCAGCGUGCAAUGCUUGUUGAUGAGAUCUGGCAUGCUGUUGGUGAUGAUGCCAGUGAAAUUGAUUGGUAUGUGAAGCGCACUGUCCUAGGUGGAAUAUACUCCACGACAGAACUAUAUAUGCUGACAGAUAGCUCUCCAGAUUUUCGUGAUACAUGGGCAUUCUUGGAUGCGCGAACUAAAGAUGCAUUUGAUCUGAAGAAGACUGCUCAAGAGGCACAACGGCUGGCUGAAGCAGUUGGUUCAGGGAUGGGAGGCUCUUUACAAGGUUUUAUGAAGAGGGUCUUCACGGGUUGAAUAUAGUUUGCAGUGUUCACAAAAUAAAAAUUAUAACUUGUGUCUGCCAGCAGAGAUGUUAAUUUGAAUUACCAUUGGCAUGCUGUUGCCAUUUUUGCCAUACCAUGUGCUUGUACAUGUUGAUAAUAUCUUUUGUUGUCAAAAUGGGAACAUUGUUACAAGUAGAAA